GAGGGGGCGGAGCCCAAGACAGUAUGUGGGUUUCCACUCGCUCGCGACCGGCUGCAGAGGGUCGUUUGUCUCUGCAGUCAUGGCUGUGCACCGUGGGGCUGCACGGAUCGCUACCUCCUCAGAUAAAGUGCAGAAAAACAAGUCUGCACGGACAUCAGGGCUCAGCCAGGGCAGCCGCAUGGAGAAACUUUUGGGGUUUGAAUGGACAGAUUUAUCUAGCUGGCAGAGUGUCGUGACCCUGCUUAACCGACCAACGGACCCCGCAAACCUGGCUGUCUUUCGUUUUCUUUUUGCGUUCUUGAUGCUCCUGGACAUUCCCCAGGAGCGGGGCCUUAGCUCCCUGGACCGAAAAUACUUGGAUGGGCUGGACGUGUGCCGCUUUCCCUUGCUGGAUGCCUUGCGCCCCCUGCCGCUUGACUGGAUGUACCUUGUCUACACCAUCAUGUUUCUGGGGGCACUGGGCAUGAUGCUGGGCCUGUGCUACCGGCUAAGCUGUGUGUUAUUCCUGCUACCUUACUGGUACGUGUUUCUCCUGGACAAGACAUCGUGGAACAACCACUCCUAUCUCUAUGGUUUGUUGGCCUUUCAGUUGACGUUCAUGGAUGCAAACCAUUACUGGUCUGUGGAUGGCCUGCUGAAUGCCCAGAAGAAAAAUGUCCAUGUGCCCCUUUGGAACUACACAGUCCUGAGAGGCCAAAUCUUCAUUGUGUAUUUCAUUGCGGGCGUGAAAAAGCUGGAUGCAGACUGGGUUGAGGGCUACUCCAUGGAGCAUCUGUCCCGGCACUGGCUCUUCAGUCCCUUCAAGCUGGUGCUGUCCGAGGAGCUGACAAGCCUGCUGGUGGUGCACUGGUGCGGCCUGCUCCUCGACCUCUCUGCUGGCUUCCUGCUCUUCUUUGAUGCCUCAAGAUCCAUUGGCCUCUUCUUUGUGUCCUACUUUCACUGCAUGAACUCGCAGCUCUUCAGCAUAGGCAUGUUUCCCUAUGUCAUGCUGGCCAGCAGCCCCCUCUUCUGCUCAACUGAAUGGCCACGGAAACUGGUAGCUCGGUGCCCCAAAUGGCUGCAAGAACUGCUGCCUACCAAAGAUGCUCCUCGGCCCAGCCCUUGCUGUGUCUAUAAGAGGGCCCGGGCCAAGACUGGUACAAAGGCGGGACUGCGCCACCGGCUGGGAGCCGUCUUCACCCUGCUCUACCUUCUGGAGCAGCUCUUCCUGCCGUAUUCCCACUUCCUCACCCAGGGUUACAACAACUGGACAAACGGGCUGUACGGCUAUUCCUGGGACAUGAUGGUACACUCUCGCUCCCACCAGCAUGUAAAGAUCACCUACCGCGAUGGCCUCACAGGCGAACUUGGCUACCUUAACCCUGGGGUAUUCACACAGAGCCGGCGAUGGAAGGACCAUGCAGACAUGCUGAAGCAAUAUGCCACUUGCCUGAGCCUGCUGCUUCCCAAGUACAAUGUCACUGAGCCCCAGAUCUACUUUGAUAUUUGGGUCUCCAUCAAUGACCGCUUCCAGCAGAGGCUUUUUGACCCUCGUGUGGACAUCGUGCAGGCUGUCUGGUCCCCCUUCAAGCGCACACCUUGGGUGCAGCCACUCUUGAUGGACUUAUCUCUCUGGAGGACCAAGUUACAGGAUAUUAAGAGCAGUCUGGACAAGCACACUGAGGUGGUCUUCAUUGCAGACUUCCCUGGGCUUCACCUGGAGAAUUUUGUGAGUGAAGACCUGGGCAACACUAGCAUCCAGCUGCUGCAGGGAGAGGUCACUGUGGAAUUGGUGGCAGAACAGAAAAACCAGACUCUUCAGGCGGGAGAAAAAAUGCAGUUGCCUGCUGGAGAGUACCAUAAAGUCUAUACUGUAUCAUCGAGUCCCUCCUGCUAUAUGUACAUCUAUGUCAACACAACAGAGGUCGCACUGGAGCAGGACCUGGCAUAUCUGCAAGAAUUAAAGGAGAAGGUGGAGAAUGGAAGUGAAACAGGGCCCCUGCCUCCAGAACUUCAGCCUAUUUUGGAAGGGGAAGUAAAAGGAGGUCUUGAGCCAACACCUUUGGUCCAGACCUUUCUAAGACGGCAGCGUCAACGCCAAGAAAUUGAACGCCGGCGAAAUAGCCCUUUCCAUGAGCGAUUCCUCCGCUUCUUGCUGCGAAAGCUGUAUGUCUUUCGACGCAGCUUCCUGAUGACUCGAAUUUCACUCCGAAAUCUGCUAUUAGGCCGUCCUUCUUUAGAGCAGCUAGCCCAAGAGGUGACAUAUGCAAACUUGCGACCCUUUGAACCAGUUGAUGAGUCAAGUGCUUCAAACACCGAUUCUUCAAACCCUAAUCCUUCAGAGCCAGAUUCUGAGCAUGUUCACUCUGAGUUGUGAGGGCAGUCCAGAUGUUCUGUGCAGAUGUGGGGGCUUCCUGGAUAUUUGUGAAAAAUGGUCUAUUUUGAGAUAGGGUUUCACAAUACUAUACAGGCUGGCCUCAGACUCAUGCUAGUCCCUCUGCUGAGUGUUUUGUGAUUACAUGAAUAUCACCAAACCUAGUUCUUUUCCUUUUAUAUCCCCCACCCCUUAUAAGUACAAGAUGAUAGUUUACAGAAUUCAAGGCAACAGGGAAUUUGAAUUCCAAGAUUGAUGGCUCUUUUUAGAAGCAGUGUGAACUGUCUUUUUACACAGCAAGGGAAUCUUUGUGUAGCUCUUGCUGUCUUGGAACUCUCUGUAGACCAGGCUGGGUUUAAACUCUCACCUUCCUCUGCCUCCCAAGUGCUGGGAUUAAAGGUGUGCACCACCAAUGCCUUGUUUAUAGUCAUUUUAAAGCUGGUUCUUUAGGAAAAGGAAUUUACCACAAUAACAGCUGAAACCAUGUGCUUGCUAUGUACCUGGAUUAUCAUACUUUGUACUUUAAGAAGUAUUGGCUUUAUUUUACCUUUGAAGAAAGGAAAGCAGGUAAAAUUCACCCAAAGGAGGCCGGGCGGUGGUGGCGCACGCCUUUAAUCCCAGCACUUGGGAGGCAGAGGCAGGUGGAUCUCUGUGAGUUCGAGACCAGCCUGGUCUACAAGAGCUAGUUCCAGGACAGGCUCCAAAACCACAGAGAAACCCUGCCUCAUAAAACCAAAAAAAAAAAAAUUUCACCCAAAGGCAUCCAGGAGUGGGUUGACAAUUUGAACUGCAAUCUGUUGGAAUUAUGUCUUCUAUGCUGUUGCUUAAUAAUUUUCAUAACCAAAUGGGAGGAGGGGAAGAGGUGGAAAUUUUUAAUAAAAAUUGAAAACUAAAAAAUUUUCAUAACCACUGACAGUAAAGCUGAAGCAGUAUAGCUUAAAACUUGUAUUAAUUCCAAGUGAUUAGGAUGACCAGGUACUAAAAUGUACAAAGUAAUUUUUUAUUUACGAUUCCUUUUUGUGGCCAGCAUGUUUUUCAGCAGUAUUGGUAUUAGAACUGCACUACUAAAUAGGGAAGCCAGAUGGCUUGCUUUAGUAUAAAUCAGCUUAGUGAAUGGCAGCUCUCUAAGCCAUGACUGAAUAUUAAUCCUUGAGGUUUUUCUUACAUUUGUCAAGCCCCAUCACAUCUAUCUUCUGUUCAUCCUAUUUUUAUCUCUACUAUUGGCUUAUUCCUUCAUUCUUUAUACUAGAGUCUACUUAGGGAUAGACCAAGUCAGACCCACUUUUUUUUUUUUGCGCAGGUUGAGCCCAAGUAUGGACAUCAAAAGUCCCUCUUAAUGCAUACAAAUUAUUGUAUAUAGGCUAUUGAUGGCCAUGUACAGGAAACCCUCUGAUCCAAUUUUCUAACAGGGAAAACCAUUUUGUGGUUUUUUAUUUAGAGACAGGUUUUCUGUAACAGCCCUAGCUGCCCUGGAAUUUACUCUCUACACCAGGCUGGCCUCAAACAAUCUUUUUCUUACAGUAACACUAUGAAUGUACCUUGGCACUAUGUCCUUUCCAGGCUCAGCUGUUUCCUUGUUCCCUUAACCUGUCACCCUUGACUAGCAAGAAGUUAUUUGGGAUGUCUUUCAAAUGUAUGCUGGAAAUGAACCCAAAUUUCAUGCAAAGUACUCAGUCUGUACAAAGAUGCUGUUUCUGUGCUGAUAUACUACCUGACUUUCUCAAGAGAAAUGUUAGGAUGGAUUAGAGAUGAAGACAUUACUAGAUAAGCUACCUGGAGCUAGAGAUGGAGCUCAGUUGAUAGAGUACUAUUAGUCUACCACGCAUGUGCAGGUGGAGCUGUAAUCUCAAGAGGUGACAAGAUCAGUUUAAGGCUAGCACGGGAAAGGCGAGACCCUAUCUGGUUGAAGUUGUAUUAGUAUUGCUAGAGAAACUACGCUCUCCCAAGAGUUGUUCUGGGAAUGGAUUAUUGAUUUCUUUAAAAAGUUAAGGGGCCUAGCAUUGUACAUCUAGCAAAAUUAAAAAUACAAUUUCCUUUUCAUGUUAAGAACUUGUACCUGACCUUACCAUCUCUCCAGUGUAUAUUUCAUGCUUGUACUUAGCGUGUACCCUUACUUGGUCUAGUGUUCAUACACCUAGUACUUUUAGGACAUACUCUGUCCUAUGCUACUCUAAGCCAGUUAUCUCAUAGUUUAGCAAUUUGAUCUUAGCUAGCCCAGACUAUCCCCAAAUAUAAAUUAUAUAGCAGAGAAUCUUUUAACUUCCAGUUGUCCUGAACACUCAUAUUACAGGUGUUCAUUACCAUGCCUGAAUUUUUUUCCUUUGAGACGGGGUCUAUUAUAUAGCCCUGGCUAUCCUAGAUAUGUAGACAGCCAACUUCAAACUCAAAUGUCUCUGCUUUCAGACAUUUGGAAUCACAGGCAUGUACUACUACAUACAGCUCAGCAAUCAUUGUUCCUACUACUAAUCAUCUAUCCCCUCUUGUCUUUAGCCAAUAAGGUUAUUCACAAUGGAAUGGUACCUAAGACUUGAGAUAAAGACUUGCUAACCAAGUUUGCUGUCUCUCAAAUGCUGGGAUUCCAACUGAGCCACAAAGGCUUUCUAGGCUCCUUGAAAUCACUAAACCUUUAUCAGACAAUGCAGUGGGCUUUCUGUUGUUACUAAUUUUAGUGAACUUUAGUUAAGAAAACUUUGCUUUGGGGGCUGGAGAUGGCUCAGAGGUUGAGCCCUAAAUUCAAUUCCCAGCAACCACAUGGUGGCUCACAACCAUUAAAAAAAAAAACAAAAAAACAAAAACCAAAAACAAACCUUUGCUUUUCCAACACUAAAAACUAAAGUGCCUUCCUGUCACCACAGAAGCCACCAUCCCCAUUCAGGGAAAUCCACAUUCCUUAAAUUCCAGAGAAUCUUCCCUAUUUAUUUCAAUAGCAGGGGCAUACUAGUUUUGGCUAGCCCAGAACUCAGGAGAAUCUGCUUGCUUCAGCUACUCCAGUGCUUGAGGGAUGGGGAGACACCUAACUCCAGAGCAAGCAACAAGAGUUCACUCCAAGCUUCUAAACCAUGACCUUAUCGUUGAAAACCUUUUCUUUGGCAAUGGUGGUAGAACACAUGUAGAUUUUAUC